AAAUUUUUUUUAAGAAAUGAUUAGAAUAUAAACUUGCUAGGGUGAUCAAAGUAUUGAUUAAGAUAAUGAAUUUAUUAAUUGUUUUGAACAUCUUUAAACAGAACUUAGUGCUAAAAGACAAGAAACUAAAAUAAGAAUAGAUAAAAAUAAUAAUGAAAUCAGUGGUUAGAAUAAAAACUUCUCAAUAACUUUUAGAGAUGAGAUUUUUCCAAAAGAAGGUCUAGUUGAUGUUUAGAUAGUUGAAAAUUGGAAAAUUUAUAAUGUAAAUUAAGGAAAAGCAGGAGCUGAUGAUUGUUUAUGUUUCAUCUCAUGA